CCACGCCCCCUACCUGGAAGAUUCAGGAAAUCUGGGAUCGCGUGCUGCAACAAACCCGAGUUCGGUGUCGAUUCUGUAAAAUUUCACGCUUUAACUCGAGUUUUGGUCUUCAGGUGGACGCGGAAGUGUGACUUUGAACCGGAAACUGAAGCGUGUGGACAUGGAGGAGACGGUGUGGGAGCAGUACACAGUGACACUGCAGCGGGAUCCUAAAAUGGGGUUUGGGAUUGCAGUCUCGGGCGGAAAAGACAAUCUGAAUGAAGAGACGAGAGAGGCUUCGAUCAUUGUCUCUGACGUACUGUCAGGAGGACCUGCUGAUGGCCUGCUGUUUCAGAAUGAUCGAGUGAUCCAGGUGAACUCCACCUCCAUGGAGAACGUUGUGCACUCGUUUGCUGUACAGACUCUACGCAAAUGUGGGAAAGUUGCCAAGAUAACAGUGAAGCGGUCCCGGAGAGUUCCUGUGAAGCAGACCCUGCCCCCGGAUGACCGUGUGUUCUCUCACCCAGACUACAGUGAUGAUUAUGACUACGAGCCGGACCGACGCAGCACCUACAGCGGACGUCCCGACUCAGAGUACGACUACGAGCGCAGCCGUGGCCGCAUGCUGGAGCGAGAUCUCAGUCCUGAGCGUCCGUAUCGCCGCGACGGCAGCCGAGGACGCAUGCUGGAGCAUGAACGCAGUCCUGACCGCCAUUACCGUAGCGACCGUGCCCUUGACCGAGACCACAGCCCAGAUCGCAGGUACCGUAGCGACCUUGACCGAGACCACAGCCCAGAUCGCAGGUACCGUAGUGACCGCGCCCUUGACCGAGACCACAGUCCAGACCGGCGUUACCGUCGUGACCACAGCCCUGAUCGGCGGUACCGAAGCGAACACGCUCUGGAUCGAGACGACAGCCCUGAUCGCCGUUAUGGCAGUGAACGUGCUCUGGGGCGCUCAUACAGUCCAGAACCUCGCUACAGAGAGAGAGAACCACGUAUUCCAGAGCCACGUCCAGCUGAGGCACUCAGAAGGAACGCCAGUCGGGAACGCUUGGAACGCUCACCUCCACCGAGCCCACAUGAACCGCUGGAGAAACCAGUUCGUGUCCUGCUGAAGAAGAACAGACCACAUGAAGAAUAUGGGCUGCGUUUGGGCAGUCAGCUGUUCAUUAAAGAGAUGACUGGAACAGGACUGGCCUCCAAAGACGGCAACCUCCAUGAGGGAGACGUCAUCCUGAAGAUAAACGGGACGGUCACAGAGAAUCUGUCUCUGAGUGAUGCGGGGAAGCUGAUUGAAAAAUCACGAGGAAAACUGCAGCUGGUGGUCCAGAGAGAUCGCAGGAAAGUUCUGGUUCGGAUCCCACCCAUGGCUGACAGUGAUUCAGAGCCAGAUGAUCUGUCUGAGAUAGAGUCGUAUCGUUCAUACUCACCUCAGGAUGACAGACGAGGCCCGCCCUCGGACAUCUCCUCACACUCCUCUAAUGAGCGGCUGCGUGAGAGAAGCAGGGACGAGCCUCAGAGCAGAUUGUCUAAAAUGGGCGCAAUGCCGACACCGUUCCAAGCCGAUCCAGAUGAUUUUCCACCUCCACCACAUGAGGAGGACGAGCCUGAGGUCGAGGAAGCUCCAGGUAUCAUGGGACCUUCAGCGCGCUCUCCUGUGACCACGCCCGCACCUAAAAUCAGCGUUCCACCAAAAACUAAAGCUCUUCCGAAGGUUCCCCUGAAACCGAGUGCAGAAGAUCUGGAGAUCUACGGGCCGAGCACGGUGAUGGUGCGUUUUCAGAAGGGUGACAGUGUGGGUCUGAGGCUGGCAGGAGGAAACGAUGUGGGGAUUUUCAUAGCCAGUGUUCAGGAUGACAGUCCAGCGGAGGUGGAGGGACUGCGGCCUGGAGACCAGAUCAUGAAGGUGAAUAAUGUGGAUUUCCGUGGCAUGGUGCGGGAGGACGCAGUGCUCUACCUGCUCGAAAUUCCUAAAGGAGACGACGUUACCAUCCUGGCUCAGAGCAAACCAGAUGUGUAUAAGGACAUUGUGGCGUCAGGUCGAGGAGACAACUUCUACAUAAGGACUCAUUUUGAAUAUGAGAAAGACACUCCUCAGGGUCUGUCCUUCAGCAGAGGAGACGUUUUUAAAGUGGUGGACACGCUGUAUGACGGAAAACUGGGCAGCUGGCUCGUCAUCCGCACCGACCAAGACAACCAGCUGCAGGAGAGAGGCGUCAUCCCCAGCAAGAGCAGAGCUGAGCAGAUGGCCAACGUUCAGAACACCCAGAAAGGAGCAGCCAAUGGCAGAGGAGAUUUCUGGAGACUCCGAGGUCAAAGGGCAGCAAAGAAGAAGGACCUGCGUAAGAGCAGAGAGGAUCUCACAGUCAACCCCGUCAUCACCCGCUUCCCCGCCUAUGAGAGGGUGGUUCUGAGAGAGGCUGGGUUCCGGAGGCCUGUGGUUCUGUUCGGCCCAAUUGCUGAUGUAGCAAGUGAGAAACUCGCCAAUGACCUCCCCGAAGAUUUCAUCAUCGCAAAGAGGGAACCUAAAGAUGCAGGAACAGAGAAGUCCUCAGGUGUGGUGAGACUGAACACUGUGCAGCAGAUCAUCGAACAGGAUAAACACGCUCUGCUGGACGUCACCCCGAAGGCGGUGGACACUCUGAACUACACCCAGUGGUACCCCAUUGUGGUGUUCAUGAACCCGGACAGUAAGCAGGGUGUGAAGACGAUGAGGAACCGCCUGAUACCGGGUUCUAAUCGCAGUUCACGCAAACUGUACGAGCAGGCGGUCAAAUUGAAGAAGACCUGUUCUCACCUUUUCACCGCGACGGUGGAUCUGAACUCGGCUCAUGAUGCCUGGUACGGGAGUCUGAAGGACACGAUUCAGGAGGAGCAGAACAGAGCGGUGUGGGUCUGUGAGAGUAAACUGGACGGAGCUGAGGAGGAUCUGGACCUUCAGGAAGACCGCAUGUCUUACCUGUCGGCCAUGAGCGCAGAUUACCUGAGCAUGGACAGCCGUCUUACUGGUGACUAUGAUGACACAGCAGAUGAGGGCGGAGCCUAUACAGAUAACGAGCUGGACGAGGUGACUGACGAGGUGCCGGUAUCGGGGACGAGCCGCUCCUCAGAGCCCGUGGAUGAGAGACCCGCCCCUGUGCCGCGCAUGAAACGAGCUGGUAGUAAAGAAGUGCUACGAGACCCCAGUCCCCCGCCCUCCUUCAUCCCAGAGCCCCCAAAGGCUCGAUCUCAGAGGAACCACAGCGACUCCGGCAGCACGGGGGGCAGUGACGUCAGCACCAAGCCGCUGCCCCCUCCCGUCGCCCUCAAACCCAGCUUCCUGGCUCGAGGCACCGCGACUCAGGAACCUGCCUCAGACACCGAGGAUCCAGCAAGUCGCUCGUUUCUGGGGAAAGUGAAGGCCUUUGAGCACAUGGACAAUCUCGCCCGAGCGCAGAGGAUGCUGGAACUGCAGGAGGCUGAGCAUGCCCGGUUGGAGAUCUCUCAGAGACACCCGGACAUUUACGCCGUCCCCGUUAAACCGAAGCCCGGUUCCAGCUCCAACCCUAUGUAUCGCAGUGGAUCUGCUGAGGACGCUGAUCAAUCUCAUCGUGGAUAUUACAACCCUCAGAAGUACAAUGACACUGAGCUGUAGAACUCCAGCAGCCCUCAGUGCUUCAGGAUGGAUCCUGGUUCUGCUUUUGGUUCUCAAACAUUUUCACCUGUAUAAAGGUUGGUCAGUCAGUACAACAGCUUUAAAUAAACCUCAACUGUUAUUCAGGUUAAAUUAAGCAGCGUUACAGCAAAAAAUCCUCCAUUUUUUUUUUUUUUGAUAUUUGCACAUUUUUAUAAGAAACUCAGAUCUGAUUAAUUUGUUUGAUGUAGUGACUUGAUUUGACAGUUUUGUUACUCAUUUUAUUCCUCUGCAUUACAGUUUCUUAUUCACUAAAAGCUCACAGGGAAAUUAAUGAUGAAUUUUAAGCCUGAGCUUCAAGAUGGAAAUGAGAUUGAAAUGUUCUACAUUUAUGUCCUUUAUAACUUUCACACUCUUUUUAAGGAAGAGGUAUCUUUUAUUGUGUUAAUGAAUAAAAUCACAUACAUUUGCAUUUGGAUAUUCAAUGUGUUAAAAAAAAAAAAGUCCAUGUUAUUUCUUUGUUUCUAAUCAGCUUCCUGUAAGUGUCUCAUCAAUCUGUACCUUUCAGAUAUAAUAAAUAAAUAAACAAA